CCGUUUGACGUGCUGUGAUAAGAUAGCUUUGCUACCACAGUCUGUAUCCUACAAUUGAAACAGAGUGUGUAGCUUUGCUACCUCAGUCUGUAUCCUACAAUUUAAACAGUGUGUGUACCCCUACGGAGACAGUCGCUCGCUUUUUAAGAUUGCAGCAAUGACUUCAGCAGGUGGAGAUAGUUAUGGAAAUCUUCUCUCAGGGACACAGGUGGCAAAAGAAAUACGAGAGUCAUUGGCAAAAGAUGUAGCAAAUAUAAAGAAGGAAUUACCACAUUUCAAACCAGGACUUGCCAUUGUUCAAGUUGGGGGCCGUGAAGAUUCAAAUGUUUACAUUCGAAUGAAAAUCAAAGCUGCCACAGAAAUUGGAAUAGAAGCUACCCAUAUCAAGCUGCCAAAGAGUAUAACAGAGAUAGAGCUUCUCAAUAAAAUAUCAAAACUGAAUAAUGAUCCAAAUAUACAUGGUAUCAUAGUCCAGAUGCCAUUGGAUUCCGAUAAUCCUAUUGACUCACACCGUGUAACUGAUGCUGUCUCUCCUGACAAGGAUGUUGAUGGGUUGAACACAGUUAAUGAAGGAAAAGUAGCAGUUGGUGAUCUGACUGGUUUCCUGCCAUGCACUCCAAAUGGUGUCAUGGAAUUAAUAAAAAGGAGUGGUGUUACCAUUGCUGGAAGCAAUGCUGUGGUGUUGGGUAGGAGUAAAAUUGUAGGUACCCCAGUGUCGGAGUUACUAAAAUGGCACCAUGCAACAGUAACAGUGUGUCAUUCAAAAACAAAAAGUCUUGAUAAGCUGACUGCCAAUGCUGAUAUUCUAGUGGUAGCUAUUGGUAGAGCUGAAAUGGUGAAAGGAAGUUGGAUUAAACGAGGAGCUGUUGUCAUUGAUUGUGGUAUAAAUGCAAUUCCAGAUCCCACAAAGAAAAACAAUCAGAGACUUGUUGGUGAUGUAGCUUUUGAGGAAGCUAAGCUAGUGGCUUCAUACAUAACUCCAGUUCCUGGAGGUGUCGGGCCAAUGACUGUUGCAAUGCUAAUGAAAAACACUGUCCUUUCUGCACAGAAAGCUGCCAACAAAAUUCUAAAUGUCCAAUGGAAUCUAAGUAUUUUGCCUCUUACAUUAAAGAAACCUGUCCCAAGUGACAUAGAGGUUGCAAGAUCCCAGGAGCCAAAAGAUAUUAGCGACCUAGCAAGAGAAAUAGGUCUGCACCCAUCAGAAGUGGAGCAGUAUGGCCACAAAAAGGCAAAAAUAACACUAGAUGUUUUAAAACGUCUGCAGCAUCAGAAAGAUGGGAAAUACAUUGUGGUUGCUGGUAUCACUCCAACUCCUCUUGGGGAAGGAAAGAGUACGACGACAAUAGGUCUUGUCCAAGCUCUUUCUGGCCAUAAAAAGAAAAAUGCUUUUGCCUGUGUACGGCAGCCUUCACAGGGACCAACAUUUGGAAUUAAAGGUGGUGCUGCAGGUGGUGGAUAUUCUCAAGUUAUUCCCAUGGAAGAAUUUAAUCUCCAUCUGACAGGUGACAUUCAUGCUGUCACUGCAGCUAAUAAUCUUUUGGCAGCUCAAUUGGAUGCAAGAAUGUUUCAUGAAGCAACGCAGAAGGAUGACUCUUUGUACAUUCGGCUGGUUCCACGAGUUAAAGGAUCACGUGCAUUUUCAGAAAUUCAGCUGAGAAGGCUGCAGAGACUGGGAAUUUCAAAGACUGACCCCGAUUCCUUAACACCCGAAGAAAUAAGGAAAUUUGUUCGGCUGGAUAUAGAUCCUGAGACAGUAACGUGGACUAGAGUUAUUGACACAAAUGACAGAUUCCUGAGAAAAAUUACAGUAGGUCAAGCACCAACAGAAAAGGGGCACACUCGGCAAACCGGUUUCUGCAUAUCUGUGGCGAGCGAAAUAAUGGCUAUACUUGCUCUUGCCACUGAUUUGGAGGAUAUGAAGCAAAGAAUAAGUAGAAUUGUUGUUGGUCUUGACAAACAAGGCAAUCCUGUGACUGCUGAUGAUCUGGGAGCAACUGGCGCGAUGACAAUUCUUAUGAAAGAUGCCAUACAUCCAACACUCAUGCAGACACUCGAAGGAACACCUGUAUUAGUUCAUGCUGGCCCAUUUGCUAAUAUUGCACAUGGCUGUUCAUCAGUAGUAGCUGAUAAAAUAGCUCUCAAGCUUGUAGGUCCUAAUGGCUAUGUUGUUACUGAAGCAGGCUUUGGGUCAGAUAUUGGUAUGGAAAAAUUCUUCAACAUAAAAUGCAGAUCGUCCAGAGAUGUUCCUAAUGCAGCUGUGCUAGUCACAUCAGUAAGAGCUCUCAAGAUGCACGGAGGAGGACCAACUGUAACUCCUGGAAUACCACUUGACAAAGUUUAUGUUGAGGAAAAUCUUGACUUGCUGAGAAAAGGUCUGCCAAAUCUGCAGAAGCACAUUAGUAAUGGUCGUAAACAUGGUGUUCCAGUUGUCGUUGCAAUAAACACUUUUGCAACGGAUUCUGAUGCUGAACUCCAACUGCUGAAGGAAGCUAGUUUGGCAAGCGGAGCUUUCAGAGCUGUAGUGUGUAACCACUGGGCCCUUGGUGGUCUGGGAGCACUGGAUUUGGCUGAUGCUGUUGUUGAAGCUUGUGACCAGCCUUCCAGUUUCAGAUUUCUCUAUGAACUGGAUAUCCCACUGGAGGACAAAAUUAAUACUAUUGCUAGGGAAAUGUAUGGUGCUGGAUCGGUAGAGCUGACUCCUGAAGUAAAGGCAAUUCUGGAAAAAUAUGCUAAACAGGGCUACGAUAAACUGCCAUUGUGCAUGGCCAAAACAUCGUUGUCUUUGACUGGAGAUCCAACUGUCAAAGGUGCACCUACUGGCUUUGUUCUUCCUGUAACAGAUGUAUUUGCAUCAGCUGGAGCAGGAUUUGUUGUCCCUGUUGUUGGAGAGAUAUCAAAAAUGCCAGGAUUGGGAACGAGACCAAACAUAUAUGAUAUGGACCUAAACACUGAGACAGGAGAAAUUCAAGGACUGUUUUAAAUGGAGGUGUCAAACUGAAACAUUAAAACAUUGUAUUGCAUUUAUUUUUAGUGACAUCUAAAACUAAUGUUACAUAAUUAUUAUAAAUUUUUAAGACAAUAAUGCUGUAAAAGUGAACUAUUAAACUUUUAUAAGUGGUGAAUGAAAUGUGCCAUAUGAAUUUUGUGAUGUCAGUGCAGCUGUUGUUCUUAACCAGUGCAUUUAUUAUCUCUUGAGAGUCAUUUUUAUAAAAUAUAGGAAUGUUAUACAAUUGCUCAUUAAUGAUAAAAAUCACUGAAACAUAUUUUAAAGUUUUUCUUCGUUUAAACCAAUAACAUUAAAUAUCUUUCAGUUCUUAUGGCAGCCACCUAAGUACCCUGUGAAUGAUAAUUUAACUGUUUUGAUGUAUCUGUAACAAAGUGUAAGCAUCUACCUGCGUGUACUAGUGCAUAGUAAGUGUGGGAGACUUCAAAUAAAUGAAACAGGACUGAGGUUAUUAAUUUUACUUUCCAUGCUCACAUUUCUGUAACUGUUACAUCUGAGUGCUCAAUGUUGUUAUGAUUUUGUAAUACAAGCUAUAAUUAAGUUACAAAAAUAUUUGCUUUAAUGUUGUUAGAAUUUAUGGUGCACGACAAAACAGAAAAUAAAUAUUGUUUUUUAAUAUUCCUGGCAAACUGAAGGAAGAGUACUGAAACUUAACUAUAGACUGAUUUUAUGUUACCUAUUUUUAGCCAGAGUUGUCUGUAUUAUGAAAUAGUACAAUGUGGGAUUAAAGAAGUUUGGAUAUCAAAGAAAAAGUAUUAUCUGCAUAUAACAUACUGUAAAAACAAAAUUUGCUAACCAUUACAGCUACUGCUAUGAA